GAGGUCAUAGGUCAAACUGGAAGUAUCAGAUUUCUGCUAAGAACUGAACGUGUGAUGUGGCACCGCUCGUGCAAACUGCUGCCAUAGCUGAGAAAGGUUUUUAAAACUGGGCAUUUUGAGUUAUACUGUGGACGACACUAUUAUAAUACAGCCCAUUGAAAGCCUGAACUUCCACAAUGAGCCGUGAGAAUAUGCAGACUUUCUUUAGGUUAUCGAUGUUUGGCUUGGUUUUGUUUUGGUUUGGGACGACAGUGGUUUCUUGCACAGACAUUCAAGUGGUCACUGUGGCAACACAUGCCAAUGAUGGUCUCCGACGCUACAUGAAGUCUGCACAGAAGUAUGGAUUUGAUGUCAAGGUCCUGGGGUUUGGUCAGAAGUGGGAUGGCGGUGAUAUGGAAAAAGGUAUUGGCGGAGGUCACAAAAUCAACUUGAUGAAAGAAGGAAUUGAGGAGUUUGCUGGACGGGAAGAUCUCCUCUUAAUGUUUACAGACAGUUACGAUGUUGUAUUUACCAACACUGAUGAAGAAUUGAUGAAAAAGUUUAAGAAAUUUGAUGCACGAGUCGUGUUUUCUGCUGAAGGAUUCUGCUGGCCGAGACACGAGUACGCUGCACGUUACCCAGAAGUCAAAGCUCAGGAAAGCCGAUUCCUCAAUUCUGGAGGAUUCAUUGGUUAUGCCAAAGAUAUUGUUGAAAUUGUCAACCACAAGGUGAUCGGUAACCAAGACGAUGAUCAACUAUACUACACAGAAAUCUUCCUAGAUAAAACCCUCCGAGAGAAAUGGAACAUCAAGUUGGACACCAAAUCAGAAAUAUUUCAGAACCUUCACGGUGUUUUAGGUGGAAGAGAAAUUAGGCCGAGUGGAAAUGUUGACCUGAAGUUUGUUGGCUCCAGGAGUUAUCUGUACAACUCUAAGACUGGCACCACUCCUAUUGUAAUCCAUGGAAACGGUCCCAUCAAGGUGGAGUUUAAUCGGAUUGCCAACUACCUUGGUGACGGUUGGACACAGAGCAUGGGCUGUCAGUCAUGUGGACAAGAUUUCAUCAUUCUGAGAGAUGUAAAGCCUGACGAUUUCCCCACAGUACUGAUUGCUCUGAUGAUAGAACAGCCCACACCAUUCCUCAAUGAGUUCCUGGGACAUAUACGAGACCAAAUCUACCCAAAACAAAAAAUUGACCUUUUUGUUCAUAACAAGGUGAAGCUCCAUGAUAAGACCGUGUCAGACUUUCUGGAGAAUGUCAAAGAUGAGUACCACUCCAUAAACCACUUACGGGCAGACGAUCAGGUGACAGAGGUCCAGGCCCGCAACUGGGCGCUCGAGGAGUGUGCCAAGAGAAAGUGUCAGUACUUCUUCAAUGUUGAUUCCACUUCCCAGCUUCGUCACCAUGGGGGAUUACACAUUCUUAUCGAGACCAACAGGACUGUACUAGCACCGAUGCUGACACGGCCGUACAAACUCUGGUCUAACUGGUGGGGUAAUCUCAAUAAGAAUGGAUUCUACGCCCGUUCAGAUGAUUACAUGGACAUUGUACAGAAUACCAAAAUGGGUUUAUGGAAUGUUCCAUUUAUCACUGGGACAUACCUUGUCCACGGAUCAUUGGUACCAUCCUUACUCGGGGCCUACACCCACCCUGACCUUGACCCCGAUAUGGCAUUUUGUAAAGUCAUUCGUGAAAAGGAAACAUUCAUGUUCGUAUCAAACAUGUUUAUGUACGGACACCAGACCGAUCCAGAUAAUUACGAGACAACUCACAAACAUAACGACCUGUUUGAAAUUUUCAACAACCCCUGGGACUGGGAGCUGAAGUAUAUCAAUGAAAACUAUUCCAUCAGUCUAGACCCUAACUACACACUUCCCGAGCCCUGUCCUGAUGUGUUCUGGUUCCCGAUUGUCACUGAUGACUUCUGUGAUCAACUCAUUUCGGAGAUGGAGAAUCAUGGUGGUUGGUCCGGUGGCCGUAACAGUCACAAGGAUGACAGACUGGCUACUGGCUAUGAGAAUGUACCAACGGUUGACAUCCAUAUGAAUCAGAUCGGGUUUGAGAGACACUGGCUGCAUUUCCUAAAGAUCUACGUGUCAAAGUUACAACAGCGCGCAUACGAGGGCUAUUUUCAUGAUCCUCCACAUGCAAUCAUGAACUUUGUGGUACGUUACCGUCCUGAAGAGCAGCCGUUCCUUAGACCUCACCACGAUUCAUCUACAUUUACCAUUAAUGUAGCUCUCAACACACCAAACGUAGACUUCGAGGGAGGUGGCUGUAGAUUUAUACGGUACAACUGCAGCGUCCAAUCAACAAAAAAAGGCUGGAUGUUGAUGCACCCAGGAAGGCUGACACAUUACCAUGAAGGACUGCAUACCACAAAAGGCACACGUUACAUCAUGGUGUCAUUCAUUGACCCAUAAACAACAUAACGUCAUGGUGUCAUUCAUAGAACCAUAAACAACGGGACAUCAUGAUGUCAUUCAUAGAUCUGUUAACAACAUAAUGUCAUGGUGUCAUUCAUAAACUGCUUAUUUUUUCAUAGACCCUUAAAUACAAGCUUUCAUAUGUAAUGUCUUAAAUUAUUAAUCACAGUUAAAAGGUAAUAAUCGGACCAUAAAUAAAGUUUCACAUUUUCUGGUAAAUUGCGUCAAUCUCUAUACUAUAAACUGGUCAGCUUGGGGUUGAAUUUCUCUAUGUAGUAAAUAUAGCUGACUUAAGAAACAUCAAUAUGUAUUUGCUUUUUACACAGAUGUACCAUAUGUUGCACUAAAUGAAAUGUGUCAUAAAAAUGUCUUGGAAAAGAGAGAGAUUAACUUGUCGGGAGGUUAUUUAUUAAGAAUACUUACCAUCAAAUACAAUAUCUACACAGUGGACAAGUGUUCACUGAUGUUUACAAUCGUUUAUUAUAUUUUUAUAAAAAUUUCAGUUAAGAAUGUGAUAUUUGUGAAAUCAUUUUUCUGCUGUUUAUGUCUGAUUUUAUUUGAUAUAUAAAAGAGAUAAUGAUUAAAUUUGUAUUAUCUUGCAAUAUGAUGAAAGUGAAGUGAUAGAGUGUAAGAUGUUAGAUACUGGUCAAUAUAGAGUCACAACUACUACAGUAGAUUUCAAAAGUGUUAAUUUUGAUAUUUUAAAGAUUCUGUAGGGAAUUUUUAUUCUUGAAAUAGACCACAUUUGUCAAAAAACCAUAAAAACAAAAAACAAACCAUAUAUAUAUACAGAGAUAUAUUUCUGUCUUGUAUAUGUAUGUAAUAUACCUAGUUAGAGGCUGUUCACACAGCUGUAGUAAGAUAGUAUCAAGUGUUUACAAAGAUAGAUUCUGUAUAUGUAUAUACACACAGCAGUAUUUCUACAGAAGUGGUACAUUCUGUUUUUGAAGUUUCUAGCUAACACACCAUAUAUAUGUAUAUUGUAGAUUUUUCACUGCCAUAUAUAGAUGUUUUAUUAAUGCUACCUAUAUCUGCCGUCCAUCACUAUCUACCUGUUGUAAUGGAAACCUGAAUAUAUUUCCUAAUCUGCUCACCAUAUUCAGGUUGACCUUGCAGGUUCUGCUGCUGACAUUUCUAUCAGACCUCCACUCAGAGACCGAACAGACCUCCACUCAGAGACCAAACAGACCUCCACUCAGAGACCAAACAGACCUCCACUCAGAACAGACCUCCACUC